CGUCAGACUUGCGUUGUGAGUUUUAAUGUUAACACUAGACAGAAUUGAUGAGCCCAGUGAGCCACAUAGUACACUACCUAUCAAAUUAGCCUAUACCUCAGAAGUCCAGCAUUAUAUUUCCAUGUACCCAGUGCAUGAUACACAUACUAAUUAUAAAAUAAUAAUUAAGUAAUUAAGCCCCUGUGACUCACACGAUAAUUGCUGGAGACGAGCAUCGACCCACAUCAUCCACUCCAGCUGUGCGUAAAAGCCCCUGUGCGGAAAAGGAGCUCUGUGACCCAAUAGCGCAUCAUCAGGGAAGGCGCGCUGUUGUUCUCUCUUUCAGCAUCUAAAAUAAUCCAGCAGAAAGGUGUAGACAUACCUGCACACACAUAUUUAUUAAUAGCUGUAAUCCAGGCGAAAAGCAUUAACCUUUUUAUUUUUACGCAGACACAUUUAAAGGGGAUUACGCACGGUGUUCAAUGAUGGAGCUCGUUAAACUUGUUCUAAUAGUUGUGCUGCUUCUGACAACUGUUCUCUCUCAAGAAAUGGAUGUUGACAACUGGAGAGAAGACAUCGAAGAGGACACAUGGCCAAACUCUGAUGUAAUUCAAGAUAUUUUUGUGAGAAUGACCAGAAAACCAGGACCACGCCAAUAUCUCGGACUAAUGGGGAAGAAAGACUCCGCUAAAACACAGACAGCACGUAAACGGCAUAGAUUUCACACCUUUGUGGGUCUGAUGGGUAAAAGGAGCUUUGAGGAUCAAGGUGUGAUACUUCCAACUGUGACAAUGAAUAUACUGAAUAAACUGAAGGGUAAUUUGGGUGAAAAUCUGCCUGGUAACCGCUGACUUCAUCCCUGUAGGCGCAGUGAGCUACACAGAAGAUUGAGCAUCUGCGAUUGUCUAACUUCCGACGGACAUGUUUUUCUUGUAUUUGGUCAGUCUGCCAUCCUUUCAUCAAAAAUGUCACAUUUAACAGUCGAGUUUAACACAGUUGUCAAUGCUGAGAACCUUUUAGGCAAACAGCGCUAUCUAGUGUUCAAAUAAAAUGGUCUGAAAAUGUUAAAUGUAUGACUAAAAUAAAGUUACCAGUAAUAUUUAAAUAAGUUUCAUGUACCCAAAAAAAAAAAAAAGUAUUAUCACCUAAAAAAAAUUGACCACAACAGUUUUCAUAAUAAACCCAUCUCACUCCUCAAUAUCAUCACAGGUUUAUUAAGUGACUUUGUACAAUACAAAUGAAAAAUGAAAAAUACAGAGAUGGAGUACAUAGCCAAAGCAAAAUGCGGUGUUGACUCUUUAUUUCCCACAGACAGUUACCGCAGAGGGACUGAAAUCAUGUUUUUCCUUAAAGCGUCCAUGGAUCACUGUUACAUGUGGAAGUGUGUUUCUGUUCAACAGUGGACGCUGCUCUCAAGUCUCUGAGGAUUUUCUCAACAUACAAAAGAAGUUAUUACUUCAGCUGGCUCGGUAUAUAUAAAAAAA